AUGAGUCUGAAGAACCAGAGCAGCAUGUCCGAGUUCCUCCUCCUGGGGCUCCCUAUCCGGCCAGAGCAGCAGGGUGUGUUCUUCGCCCUGUUCUUGGGCAUGUACCUGACCACAGUGCUGGGGAACCUGCUCAUCAUCCUGCUCAUCAGGCUAGAUUCUUGCCUCCACAUCCCCAUGUACUUCUUCCUCAGCCACUUGGCCUUCUCUGACAUUUCCCUUUCAUCUGUCACAGUUCCAAAGACGUUGAUGAACAUGCAGACUCAGCAAAAAUCCAUCCCCUAUGUGGGGUGCAUUUCACAGGUGUAUUUCUUUAUAUUUUUUAGUUGCCUUGACAAUCUUCUUCUCACAAUGAUGGCCUAUGACAGGUAUUUGGCUGUCUGUCACCCUCUUCACUACACCACCAUCAUGAAGGACAGGCUUUGUAUUAUCCUAGUGGCUGGAUCCUGGUUUUUCUCUUGUGUCCAAGCUCUGUUGCACACCCUCCUCGUGGACCAGUUGUCCUUCUGUGCCGGGACUAUCAUCCCCCACUUCUUUUGUGAUCUUGCUGUUGUGCUCAAGUCCUCCUGCUCAGACACCUCCCUCAAUGAGCUGCUUAUCCUCACUGAAGGAGGAUUCAUCUUCAUCCUGCCAUUGAGUGGUAUCUUGGCCUCAUAUAUCCGCAUGGCAGGCAUCAUUCUGAAGGUCCCCUCCUUCAAAAGAAUCUCCAAAGCCUUGUCUACAUGUGGCUCCCACCUCUUUGUGGUGUUUUUAUACUAUGGGACAAUUGCCGGUGUUUACUUUUUCCCUUCAUCAGGCAACUCCAAAAACAAGAAUAUAAUUGCUUCUGUGAUGUACAUGGUGGUCACCCCUAUGCUGAAUCCCUUCAUCUACAGCCUGAGGAAUAAGGAUAUGAAACAUGCUCUUCAGAAAAUUUUUAGAGCCAAAGACUCCCCCUUGGUGUGA